AUGUUUGGAAUAUUAAAGUACGUGUUGGACUUCUACCCCGUGUUUGCUUCCAUCGUUGCCAUCAUAGGCAGCAUCAAUGAGCCUAAUUUGCCAUCCCAUUUAAUAGCCCUACAACGGUGGCUCAUCUACUGGGCCACUUUAGGAUGUGUUACAAUUAUUGAAAACACAUUGUCCUUUAUAACAUUUCUUCCAGGAUACUCGUUGUUCAAGAUUGGGUUUCACCUUUGGUUAGUUAUUCCCAUGCUCUCUGAUGGUGAGGACUGGAAAAACUCGGGGGCACCAUGGCUUUUCUUUGAGUAUAUCAAGCCGCAGUUUGAAGCUAAUAAGGAGGCGAUUUAUCGGUUUGUAUCUAAUCCUUUGGAUUUAAGGACAGUUUUGAAAUUGAGUGCAUUGGCAGAUACGAAGAAAGAGGAGCAGUCUCCUACUGCUGCAACUGCGACUGGUUAUGAUUACGCUGCUGUGUUGGAUAGCUCCAUCGUUAUGGUAAAGAGCAUGUUUGUAACAAGAGAAGUUGCUUCCGAAACGGCCGAUAACAGUACUGAAGACUUUGAUAUAGUUGAUAAGCCUGACGCUGCAGAAGCUUACCAAAGAAAGAGCUACUUUUGGUGA